CUUGUACCAACCUACUCCUAUCUACAACCGAAGUUCUUUGUGCCAGUCUCCUAUGUAGACUGCUUCACCACUCCACGCACCUUCAGCAUGCAUGAGGAAGAAAUAUAUACCUCUCUUCAGUGGGACAUUCCUACCUCAGAGUCCUCUCAGAACUGUCCAUCCCCUAGCAAAUGUUCAGGAACAUUAUGUGUUGUGACGAUGAUUUCCUGUGUGGUCUGUGUGGGCUUGUUAGCAACAUCCAUUUUCUUGGGCAUCAAGUUCUUCCAGGUGUCCUCUCUUGUCAUGGAGCAGCAGGAAAGACUCAACCAACAGAACACAACAUUGCUGAACCUUACACAGCAGCAGAGGAAACACACACUGGAAUACUGCCAAGCCUUACUGCAGAGGUCUCUCCAUCCAGGUAAUGACUGUAGCCCUUGUCCACACAACUGGAUUCAGAAUGGAAAAAGUUGUUACUAUGUCUUUGAGCGCUGGGGAACAUGGAACAACAGUACGAAGAACUGUUUAAAAGAGGGUGAUGGUCUCCUUCAAAUAGACAGCAAAGAAGAAAUGGAGUUUAUCAGCCACAGUAUGGGGAAGCUCAAAAGAGGAGAUGAAUAUUGGGUAGGAAUGUUUCAAGAUGGACUCAGUGGAUCUUGGUUCUGGGAAGAUGGCUCUUCUCCUCUCUCUGACUUGUUGCCAACAGAGAGACGGCCAUCAGCCAGCCAAAUCUGUGGAUACCUCAAAGAUCAUACUCUCAUCUCAGAUAAGUGCAGUAGCUGGAAAUAUUUUAUCUGCGAGAAGAAGGCAUUUGGAUCCUGCAUCUGAAAGAUACAACUCAAUGCUACUUGUUACACAGUGUUUGAAAGAGGUCAAAGAGCAAACGCAGGAAGAGAUGGAUGGGAGACUCUGAAGGCAAACUUGCUUUUUAUUUACUCUUGGCAAUAUUCUGUAACGCUUUGCAGGUUUCAGUUGACCUUGUCCAUUGUGCCAAGGAGAAAAUUGAUUUAGAGCUACAGAAGACCUGACUCAGUGAGAACAAAGAAGAGAAAAAUCAUUUCCUGUGUGUUUGAAAAUCCAAAGUGACUAUCCAUACCACACGGAAAUCUAGCUGUCCUUGUGGGAGUUUUUACAGUAAUCCCUGGUUUGUACUUUUAGUAAACAAUUCUAUCUACUAUACUUACAACUGACAAAAUUUUCUUCAGGUCAGCUUCCAGUAAUUAUAUAUCAUAAGCUCACACACUGAGAGGAGAGAUGGAUUUCUAGGCUGUAACAUUAGCACCAAUCAUACACCACGGGUCCUUUGGCUCUAGGUAAAAAUGAGCAGAAUGGGAACCUCCAGUGUUUUUAAACUUCCUCUGAGGCCCAGGGCCUGGGGGAUGACCUCACAGAUCUAGAGAUUUACAGUUUCUAACCCUUGGAGCUAGGGGGCUAUUGCUCCGGGAUCUGAGUGCUCAGGUUGAAGGCUUAUAGCUUUUCGUUUUAAUCACUACUGGCUCCCAGUCUUGGCAGCUUUUGCAAUCCCUGACCUUUAGCAGCAACAUCAGACAGCCGUCAGUAGCAGCAAGCAGCUCCCACUAGUGUUAUAGCUCUUGGAUAGCUUUAGGAUGGUGGGGCAUUAACUCUGCAGUAACUACUAUUACAGUCCUCUGGUCUAGAAUGCAGGAAUCUCCCAGCAGCCCUUGUUGGCUGUUAGUGUUACAGCUCUCAGCAUAGGUUUUCUGUGAUCCUUGGUUCCAAAGACUGCAGCUGCUUGGCACUCUUCCAGGUCCCCAAGCCCAUGUUUCUCCUUCCUGGUUGGCCACAGUCUUCUGUCUUUACUCAGCUUUGCUUUUCUGCCUUCUCUCAUUUCUCUGACUCUACCAUUCCUCAGUCUCUCUGUUUCUGCUGCCCAUCCUUUCUGCCAUGGCCCCUCUCUGGAAUUUUUCAGCUGUUCCCUUGUCUCUUGACUGCCACAGUGACUGCUGUCACCACUAGAGCUGCUUGCUCUGCUUGCUUGCCUUUGCUCCCAUCUUGUGCUUCUGCAUCUUCUCUUUGUGUAAGCAGCUCAGGGCAAAGGAGGCAAAAAAGGACCAUUCGGGAAGUCUUUUAUUGGUGCUAAUGUUACAGCAUCAGGAAUGACAGAGGAGGGGGUGUCCUGCCUGACUCUAAAACUGAACCAAACAGCUCAUUUAAUUAGAUAAGAAGAGGGUGUAGUGCGGGUGUCUGCACCUUCACAGUAGCCCUUCAAGGACUGUGUUUGCACCAAUCACAGCACAGACUCUUGUUUACACAGUCACAGAUCUUCCCUAGAUUCAUGGUUGUAAGUGCUCCCCCUCUGACCUGAAUGAGAACAACUGCAGGACAGGCUGGACCUUGGACAAUUUGCCAAAAGGCUUCCCUUGCUUAGUUAAUAGUACUGCUUUCCAUUGGCUAUUCCAGUUGUGGGGAGCAGUCACAACUGGAACAUCUCUUCAGCUAUGGGUUGGUGCUAUUCUUCAGUAGCUAGAGGGGCUUCAGAGUAAAGUGCCCAAGCUGCUGGCUGGACUGUCAUGAGGGUAGUCUGUCCAGACGUUAGUAAAAAGGCUGCUGGGCUGGUAGCUUGAAUUCACAUUCACAGACAAGAAAAGUGUGUUUACAAUAAAUACUUAAUAAAACCUAAUAAAACAAUUCGAAUAGCACUUAACAGCGCUUAAUAAAAAUGAACAUAUAACAGGGUUUAACUUCUGCCCCAAAGCUGUAGAGUCAUUGAGUCCCUCUGAUCUGCCUCAGAAGGAACCAGGGCAUCUUGUGUCUAUGGUGUUGGACUGUGCUUUUCAGACUGGAGAGUUCUGCUGGGAAAGGAACUCUUAGAACUUCACAUAGGGGAAGGAUUAGUGUGGACAUCAGCAUGUCCCGUUGUGUAGGUGGAGCCUUCCACUCUGUUGCUCACAGAUCAAAUGGCUCAGUCUGCACUGACAAGAUGAACAACCUAGCACUUUUAACUGCCUGUCUCCGUGCCUCAACCUCCCUGCUAUAAAACUGUAAUACGAUUCACUUCAAAAUACUGCUUGACAGCACUGUCCAAAUGUUAUAUGCAAGCUAUAGAAAAUGAUAUUUUAGAUAGGAAAGGAUGAAUGAAAAUGAGUGCUAUCUACCAGAAGAAAAAUUAGCUAAUUAUGGUUAUCAUGUUCCGUACCUAUCAUGUGUCAUCUCUAAAUCAUACUAUAUAACAUGCUCUUAAUAAAUAUUUGAUAAAUUCA